UGUUUGUUACCACGUGACAUGCAUUUAGAUUGUGUACAGUGAGGCGUGGCCCUCGUUCCCUUGAACAGGUAGCGCACAGUUAUAUUCUAGCUGAAUAGAGAUGUGUUGAAGACCUGAGCCACAAGUCCCUUUUGCCGUCUUCUGGGAUACCAUCACGCACGCAUCCAAUCUCAGGAUGGAUAUUCCCCAUAGUGCUAUCCUGCAAAGGAAUCACGUAUAUCUAAAGGAGAACCUUCAGGUCGACCCUGUGCUGGAUGCCUUGUACCAGAACCGUGUCUUCACACAGGGAGACUAUGACAGAUGUAGACAAGCUGCACCAGAGAGACAAUGUGAAAUGUUCCUUGAGAUUUUGAAGAAAAAAGGGGUUGAAGGCUACAGGACACUCUGUGCUGUCCUCGAUUCCACACAACCAUUUAUCAAGGAGAAACUUGAUAACACCUCAACUGAAGAAGGCAAUGGAAAGACUUGAGGAACAAGUUAAACAAAAAGACACAGACCAUGCUGAACUGGAAGAACAACGUAUAAAAGAAAGAGGGGAUCUCACAACACAGAUAGAAAAGAAGAAUGAGGAAGUUGAAGCUCUAAAAACAAAAUUGUCAAAGGCAAAUGAUGAGUUGCUGCAGAUUCGAGCAAAAUGUGAAACAUUGGAGAAGAGACUACAAGAGGAAGAGGAGGCCACAGGUCACAGUCCCCAGACAGGGUACAUGUUAGAGAGGAAGUCCAUCAAGCAGAAUCGACUGAGCGAAUGUGUCAGUUUUCAACCAAGUCCUGUUGUGAUGGGAGUCAGCUUUGCCUUCUUCCAUGCCUUCAUUCUGCCUGCAAGCCAUGCAUUGAUCACCAAGACACCCAAGCCAAGCAGAAUUGCAUACAGUGUCCCUCCUGUGGCCGUGAGUUCAACAUUGAACAGACAGCAGUGGAUCAUGUCGGACGCAACGAAGCUGCCUAUACUGCUAACGUUGAUGGAGAGAAGAAAUGUAACUACAUCGAAGGAGAUCAUGAUGCAAAGGCUAUGAUGUACUGUCACGAAUGUGAUAGCCUGCUCUGUUCCGACUGUCAUAAAAUACACGAACCACUGAAACCGAAUCAAAACCACAGCGUGAUUGAGAUCAACCAGGCGGAGAAUAUCCCUAUGAAGCAGUGGAUGAAAGAAC